CCGCAGCCAAUCGGCGGCGGCGGCGGCGGCGGCAGUAGCCGUGCCCGCGGUCCCCCAGCUCCCGGCGCCGGGUCGCUGCUCGCUCACUUCGCCGCCGCUGCCGCCGCCGCCGCCGCAGCCCCCGCCGCGCUCCGUCCCGGACUCGGAGAUCCUCACGAUGGCAGAGGCUCACCAGGCUGUGGCCUUCCAGUUCACGGUCACCCCCGACGGCAUCGACCUGCGGCUGAGCCAUGAGGCCCUGAAGCAGAUCUACCUGUCCGGACUUCACUCCUGGAAGAAGAAGUUCAUCAGAUUCAAGAAUGGCAUAAUCACCGGCGUGUACCCGGCCAGUCCCUCCAGUUGGCUCAUCGUCGUGGUGGGCGUGAUGUCCACCAUGUACGCCAAGAUCGACCCCUCGCUGGGGAUCAUCGAGAAGAUCAACCGGACCCUGGGCACCACGGCCAACAUGUCCAGCCAGACGAAGCACGUGGUGAGCGGCGUGCUGUUCGGCACGGGCCUGUGGGUGGCGCUGAUCUUCACCAUGCGGUACUCCCUCAAGGUGCUGCUGUCCUACCACGGCUGGAUGUUCGCCGAGCACGGCAAGAUGAGCCGGGCCACCAAAGUCUGGAUCGGGAUGGUGAAGCUCUUCUCCGGCCGGAAGCCCAUGCUGUACAGCUUCCAGACGUCUCUGCCGCGCCUGCCGGUGCCCGCCGUGAGCGACACCGUGAGCCGGUACCUGGACUCCGUGAAGCCCCUCAUGAAGGAAGCCGACUUCAAGCGGAUGACGGCUCUCGCCGAGGACUUUGCCGUCAGCCUCGGGCCGAAGCUGCAGUGGUACCUGAAGCUGAAAUCCUGGUGGGCCACCAACUACGUGAGCGACUGGUGGGAGGAGUACAUCUACCUGCGCGGACGGGGGCCGCUGAUGGUCAACAGCAACUACUACGCCAUGGAUUUGCUGUACGUGCAGCCCACCCACAUCCAGGCCGCCAGGGCGGGCAACGCCAUCCACGCCAUCCUGCUCUACAGGCGCAAGCUGGACCGGGAGGAGCUCAAACCGAUUCUCCUCCUGGGCUCCACGGUGCCGCUCUGCUCCGCGCAGUGGGAGCGGAUGUUCAACACGUCCCGGAUCCCCGGGGAGGAGACGGACACCAUCCAGCACGUCCGGGACAGCAGGCACAUCGUGGUCUUCCACAGGGGCCGCUACUUCAAGGUCUGGCUGUACCACGACGGCCGGCUGCUGCGGCCCCGCGAGCUGGAGCAGCAGAUGCAGCGGAUCCUGGACGACCCGUCGGAGCCGCAGGCCGGGGAGGCCAAGCUGGCGGCCCUCACCGCGGGAGACAGGGUGCCCUGGGCCCGCUGCCGCCAGGCCCACUUCGCGCGCGGGAAGAACAAGCAGUCGCUGGACGCGGUGGAGAAGGCCGCCUUCUUCGUGACGCUGGACGAGACCGAGCAGGGCUACCGGGAGGAGGACCCCGGCGCCUCCCUGGACAGCUACGCCAAGUCCCUGCUGCACGGCCGCUGCUUCGACAGGUGGUUUGACAAGUCCUUCACGUUCAUUGUCUUCAAGAACGGGAAGAUGGGCAUGAACGCCGAGCACUCCUGGGCGGACGCGCCCAUCGUGGGCCACCUCUGGGAGUACGUCAUGGCCACCGACAGCUUCCAGCUGGGCUACCUGGAGGACGGGCACUGCAAAGGGGACACCAACCCGAACAUCCCGCCCCCCACGCGGCUGCAGUGGGACAUCCCGGAGGAGUGUCAGGAGGUGAUCGAGGCGUCCCUGAGCACCGCCAGCCUCCUGGCCAACGAUGUGGACUUCCACUCCUUUCCCUUCGACACGUUCGGGAAGGGGCUGAUCAAGAAGUCCCGCACCAGCCCGGACGCCUUUGUGCAGCUGGCCCUGCAGCUGGCGCACUACAAGGACAUGGGCAAGUUCUGCCUCACGUACGAGGCAUCCAUGACCCGGCUCUUCCGAGAGGGGCGGACGGAGACCGUGCGAUCCUGCACCGUGGAGUCCUGCGCCUUCGUGCUCGCCAUGGCGGACCCCUCCCAGACGAUGGAGCAGAGACUGCGGUUGUUCAAGAUCGCGUCGGAGAAGCACCAGCACAUGUACCGCCUGGCCAUGACGGGCGCGGGCAUCGACCGCCACCUCUUCUGCCUGUACGUCGUGUCCAAGUACCUGGCUGUGGAGUCCCCGUUCCUGAAGGAAGUCCUGUCGGAGCCGUGGCGGCUGUCCACCAGCCAGACACCGCAGCAGCAGGUGGAGCUGUUUGACCUGGAGAGGAACCCGGAGUACGUGAGCAGCGGUGGGGGCUUCGGGCCGGUUGCUGACGAUGGGUACGGCGUGUCCUACAUUAUAGUGGGAGAGAACCUCAUCAAUUUCCACAUAUCGUCCAAGUUCUCCUGCCCCGAGACGGAUUCUCAUCGCUUCGGGAAGCACCUGAGACAAGCCAUGACCGACAUUAUCGCCCUCUUCGGGUUCAGCUCCAACUCCAGGAAGUAAUCCCCGGACGGCUGCGGGGAGGAGAGGGGGCUCCUCCGACAGAAACCAAAUGAAGCAUAGCUGUUGCCCCUGAUCCUAGUUCAGGAUGGAAAAUUGCUCUAAAAAACUCGGAACUGCUCUUGCCGCCGCCGAGGGCGUGGUGUGUUCUUGUUUGUCCGGAACAGCGGGCUCCACCCUGCUCCUCCCUCCAGGCCGGUCCCUCGUGGGGGGCCCUGGAGGAAGCGCCCGAACGCCUUCGCGUCAGCCCGCGGGUGCCGAGGGCUGAGGACAUCGCCCGUGGGGACUUCUCCUGCGGAGCGGGACGCUCACGCUUCCUCGGUGGCCACCGGGACCUGGUACCGGGGGUGUAUAAUUUUUCAGAGUAAAACUAAAAUGUGUUUGUCCAGAGAGAGAGUGCCGGGGGUGGAGGUGUUAGCAGCCAACGGGCGCGCUGUGCUCUGAACCCCCGGUGGUCCCCGCGGGAACCGCCCUCCUCCAGUAGCGUCGCGCACGCUUGCCUGUCCACGUUUCAAGCAUGUAGUUCGCGCAUCUUUAGCGUCCCUGGCCUUGUGAGUACCCAGAUCCCAGUGCCUUAAACACGAAGGCCCUAUACGUGUAAGGGAGGCCAGAGCAGGGAUGUAUUCUGUAGUCUUUACGUGGGGUUGUGGGUGUCUUACUCCUCCGUCUACUGAGUGGUAACCCUAAAUAGGCCUUUUCCUGCGGCUCCCGCCCCCCUAAAAGACCGGGCUCGGUCCCUCGUUGUGCAAGAGGCGACGGAUCGAUGAUUCUCUCAUCAUGGAUGUUUCUCUCGCCCCCUUCCUCUCUCUGAAAUCAGCAAAAAAGUAUUUAAAAAAAAAACACGUUGCGAGUGGUGGGUGCUGGGUUUCAUACACACAGCCCACCCUUCAGAUGGGAGUGCCUUAGCAGAAGAGGGCGAGGGACAAAAACACGGGUGCACUGACUCGCCCUCGGUAUUUGGUGUGAAAAGGAAGGAUCCCGGGACUUGAGUGCCACUGUCUCCGCGUCCUUAUGAGCGCGGCUGUCCGUUUGAGGAACUGCACGCAUGUGUUCUGACCACUUUUCCCCGCUGGGCUUGCUCUGAGGUGGCUCCGUGCUCAGGGACCCUCGAUGGGCUGAACUACAGGAGGAGGGGGAGGGGCCGGCCACAGAACGCGUGUGUGGUUCACUGUGUCUGCGUUGUCAUGUACAAAUCCCGUCUGACUGGGCCAGAGAGGUGUUUUUUGUUUUUGUUUUUUCUUAAAGUAAGAAGAAAUGAAAACAGAAAGAAAAACACACAACCAUAAUGAGAAAACCCCAGUUCACCUGUGGUACACAGCCCAGCAGGCGUGGGGGGCGUGGCCCGCUCUGCCCCAGGCUGCGUGGGUCCCAGGCUGAGCCCCAGAGCCACCUGCAUCACCCGUUAUCGACCACUGACCAGUGUGUGUUACCAAGUGUUCAGAUGUACACGUGUUAGCACUCAAAUAUAUUUGGGCUUCUCUCUCAGGUUUUAAAUAUUUUUUGCUAAUCAGUGCAGCUGUCAAUGCAAUUUUUAUAUUCCUUGAAAGGUGGAAGAGUGGGUUUCUACUGCACAUGGUGAAAGGAAGAGGUCAGAGUAUUAUGUAUUUAAUUUAAUUCGGAGCGAACCACGGCCUUAACCGGAGCUGUGGUUUGAAUUUGUUAGCUUGGACUGUCCGUUGCAUGUAAAUACAAUAUGCUCUUUUGGUUGUAAAUCUUAGAAAUGCAGGAUGAACGUUAUCAUUAAUAAAACCAUUAAUCCAGACUA